CCUCUAGCGGACACACCCGGAGGUGUCGGUGCAUUGGAUCUGAAACGCACAAUGCUCGCUUUUCACUGAACUGACACCAUAAAAACCAACGCCUUUAAAGUCUUAGAAUUAAUCCAUCACUAUUUCGUUCAUAAAAUAUUUGGGUUGUGUCGCAGAUAAAAGAACUGGUUAUGCCGAUGAAGCGUUACUUCUUAAAGGUAGGCUACCUUUUAUUCGGAUACUUGAAGUAUUGUACAGUACUGUUUUGUUGAAUUAAGCAAAUAACCCCAGAGGCACUGAUUGGAUCGCAACAGUAGGUGGGUACAAACAAUACCAUUCGGAGCAUACAAGAUAAGGCACCAUUGUUAAAUCAUAUUGGACAGGACAUGUUUGUAAAUACUUCUCAGAUUGUGUUGUUAAUCUACAAGAUAGCAACCAGUUCAACUGUCAAUAACAAAAAAAAAUUGUGAGUGGAUCCAUUUCUCUUUUGACAAUCGAACUCGAAAAUUUGAACAGAUGAAAUCAAGAAGGUAAUGUGGACGUCUCAAAAAAAGGAACGCCGGCACAUCAGCCAAGUAAAUUUUUCAUUAGCUGCCGAAAAUUAUGUCAUUCAUUCGCUUAAUUUAACAUGGAAACGUUACUACAGCAACCACGUCGACCUGACCUUAGCAUGACACUUACUUCAUAUUGAACCAGUUUCAAGAUACACCUAUUGCCAAGGGACAGAUCGACGCGCCGUAUUGAACGCGAUUUAAUCGUCCAAAAAAUUAAAUGAUGGAUUCAAAGUUUUUUUUUCUGUUCAAUUAAAAUCGAUUUCGUUGCAUUAUGACGUCAUAACGCCCAUUAAUAAAUAUAAAUACGUUUGUCAGAUGUUUAAUUUACACUUGACCUGAAUAUAGGCCUUUUCCGAGUUGAGAUAUCUGCUGUCUGUAGGCCUGCGUAUUGUAUUGUGAACGACCGAGCCGUGACGGAAACACUGCGUUUAAUUUCUACAGAAAACCAGGGAAUUUAAUGGUCUAGACUGGAGUAAAUCAGCUAUUCACGUAACCUUUCACAAACAAUUUCAUGUUAAACAAUAUUUAUGACCGGGACUGGCGAUGACGUCGUGGAGUGCGUGCAAAACUGUCGUUACCAUGGAUUUGUUUUGAGCCGUUGACGACUGUUGCAAAGAAAGUAGGACUUUUAUCGGUGUAUUUUAGCGUUUUAUAGUCAGCCAUGACUAACAGGUUGUUUGAUGCUGUAGCGUCCAUUCGCUAUCGCCAAAUAGAAAUACUUCUUCAGUGUGGAGUUGAUAUAAACAGUAAAAAUCAUGAAGGUAAAACUGUACUUAUGAUAGCAUGUGAUAUACAAGAUGACAAGAAACGGUAUAAAAUGUUCCGCUAUUUAGUACACAAGGGAUCGGACGAAUUUGAAACAGAUCAGGAAGGGGUAAGCGUCUUUCAGCACGCAUGUCGAGCCGGGAGGACAAAGAUACUAAAGAGGAUGAUGAAGGAAAAGGGCCUACGGUUUGUUCAUUUAUCAUGGAAGGACAAUCACAACCGCUGUGCAUUGUUUCAUGCCGUAUUGUGCGGUAAAAUAGAUAUUGUCCGAAGGAUACUUAUAGCCAUGAAAAAUCAGGGAAUUUCGAUUGAUCAGGUUGACGCAGAUGGUAACACAUCUUUGAUUCUUGCAUACAAGCGAAAAUUUCCUAAAAUAGCGGAACUGUUACUUAACGAAGGGAAUGCAAACCCAAGAAUAUGUGACCGAGAGCGUCACCUUAGUGCCGCCGAAUGGGCCGAGGUUUGUGACAAUGAACUAGAUGAGGAAAAGAAAAUCAAAAGUGAAAAACACCGUGAGAAAAACAUGAUUUUUCCUAGAAUAGAUCAUGUGGUAUUUAGACGUAAACAGGCAAAGAAAAGACAAAAUUACAUGUAUCGGUUACCAUUAAUGGAUGAUAAUAUCACUGAAAAUAGCCUCGAUUCCUAUCGAGGUAAUGCGCAUAUCCAAAGGUAUCCACUUAGCAAGUCUUGGGCAGGAAUCCAAAGCCAAACACAAACAUCAGAAAGUGCAGUGUAUUCGCACGUGACAAGAGGCAAUCAGAUGCAGUCUGACCACGGAAAGUCCAUAGAUUCUGCCAUGGAGCUUCUUGAACUGGCAUCAAGAGCUGGAGGUAAAAGACACUAUGCAACGUCAUUUGUUGGCAGUGAACUUGACACCACUAAAUCAUCAAUGGAUGAUGGCAACAUGAUCUCUAGUAUGAUGGCAACUUAUUCAAUUCAAAACUCUCAGUCGUUUAGGAAGACAGUAAAACCACAACCAAAACCGAUCCCGCGUGCGCCUACAAGAGACAAAAAGCGUGUCUCCACAUUAGCCAUUAUUAUGAACAGAGGAAGCAGGUCGUCACUGACGGGAUCGCGGGGACGCAGGGGAUCUCGUCCAACGUCUCGAGUCUCAGGUAAGGCUUCUAAAAGACAAUCUAGGCCUGCUACUCGUCAAAAGAAAAAUGGCCAACAUUCGUCGAACAAUCAAAGGAGAUCCUCGACAGUUCAGGUGCAGAAUGCAGAUUUUCAUAAACCAUCAGCAUCUGGCGACGUCAAUUUCAGACGAUCACUUGAACUAAUACCUGAAGAAAACGCAUCAAAUAAAACACAGUCCAAGAAAUCGCUAAGACACAGUCAGUUUCCGGAUAUAGGAAUUCGCUUGGUGACACAAGGCGUGAGGUGAUAACAAUUUCGAUUUAAGUUAUUCUAAGUCACCAGUGCCAUUCUGCUAUUGUGUUUUUCAUGGAAUAUAUUACGCAGCAUUACAUGUUUAGACGAGCGCAGCAGUUAUUAUAAUAAAACUCGAAAAAUUAUAUUAUUUUAAUGCAUUUGUUAUCAAAGAGAAUUUACCAAAAUAACCCAUAAGCAAUUAAUUUUCAUUGUGUGCUCAAAUAAGCAUAUAUUGAGGAGUUAUUAUGUCGUCAUUAUAACUUUAAUAGUAUUAAAAUCUAAACACUUCUAAUUGUCAUCAUGCCUCUUCAAAAUAAUGAUUGUUCGCUUUUAUACAAUUUAUCAAAAUAUAGUUAUUUGCUUACAUAAGAAGACGUGAUUUACUUUCCUUUGCUAUGUUUUACUAUCAAUGUUUGACUAUGUAGGGAUAAAAUGAAUAUAAAUGUAAUGGACUAUGGAGCCUAGAAACGAAUGGUAUUUUACUGACACUGACAUUAAUUUUAUUUAAAAAAUAUUCAAAAGUGAAAAAUAUCCAUCUCGAGGAAGCUAUAGUUUAAAUGGAUUAUUCCUGAAGAUAACCUACAUCACAGUAGUAGGCCUGGCCUAUAUCUUAUAAUAAUCAUGAAUUAUUAUGUAGACAGUUCCGGUGAUGUAUACAAAUGUUAAGGGGUUUCAAGCAAGAAGUUCUGAAAUAAAAAAAGGAUUUUCAAGGUACGAGAAAGUUUUUCUUAUUAAAAAAGAAAAAUAG